CCCGGGCGGGUGACUGCUGGCCGACAGGGCACCGAGCCGAGGCGACGAGCGCCCCGACCUCUCCCCAUCCCGAAGCCCGGCGCUCUGCGGCUCCACGCCGGUCCCUUGGUCCCCGGGGGGAGCCCUCCACCUCCGCCGGCGCUCCCGGCUGCGCACCCCAGGCCUAGUGAGGAGGCAGAAUAACCAUGCAGGCAUUUCUAAAAGGUGCGUCUCUCAGUACCAAACCACCAUCAACUAAGGACCGUGGAGUAGCCGCUACUGCAGGAAGCAGUGGAGAGAACAAGAAAAUCAAACCUGUUCCAUGGGUGGAAAAAUAUAGACCAAAAUGUGUGGAUGAAGUUGCUUUCCAGGAAGAGGUGGUGGCAGUGCUGAAGAAGUCUUUAGAAGGAGCUGAUCUACCUAAUCUCUUGUUUUAUGGUCCACCUGGAACUGGCAAAACAUCCACUAUUUUGGCAGCAGCUAGAGAACUCUUUGGGCCCGAACUCUUCCGAUUACGAGUUCUUGAGUUAAAUGCAUCUGAUGAACGUGGAAUACAAGUAGUUCGAGAAAAAGUGAAAAGUUUUGCUCAGUUAACUGUGUCAGGAAGUCGAUCAGAUGGGAAGCCAUGUCCUCCUUUUAAGAUUGUAAUUCUGGAUGAAGCAGAUUCUAUGACCUCAGCUGCUCAGGCAGCUUUAAGACGUACCAUGGAGAAAGAGUCCAAAACAACCAGAUUCUGUCUUAUCUGUAACUACGUCAGUCGAAUAAUUGAACCCCUGACCUCUAGAUGUUCAAAAUUCCGCUUCAAGCCCCUGUCAGAUAAAAUUCAACAUAAGCGACUACUAGACAUUGCGGAGAAGGAAAAUGUCAAAAUUAGCGAUGAGGGAAUAGCUUACCUGGUUAAAGUAUCAGAAGGAGACUUAAGGAAAGCCAUUACAUUUCUUCAAAGUGCCACUCGAUUAACAGGUGGAAAGGAGAUUGUGAAAAAAAUAAUCACGGACAUUGCUGGGGUAAUACCAGCUGAGACCAUUGAUGGAAUAUUCGUUGCAUGUCAGAGUGGCUCUUUUGACAAGCUAGAAGGCGUAGUAAAGGACUUAAUCAAUGAAGGCCAUGCAGCUACACAGCUUGUUAACCAACUUCACGAUGCAGUUGUGGAAAAUGAAAACCUCUCUGAUAAACAGAAAUCUGUUAUUACAGAAAAACUUGCUGAAGUUGACAAGUGCCUGGCAGAUGGUGCGGAUGAACACCUGCAGCUAACCAGCCUUUGUGCAACUGUGAUGCAGCAAUUGACUCAAAACUGUUAAUACUUAACAAAUAAAAUAAACAAGGAACCCUUAAA